GAUGUCUGUGAUAAGUGGAAGCUGCAAGCUGGAACAGGUCCUGAUUAAAAGUUCUGUUGGAGAAAUCUUGGUUUCUGGGUGUAAAGAAGGGAUACAUGAGAUCAAGCUGAAAGGUGAUGGUGCACCAGAAUCUGGGGCUAAGGACGCCUCUGCAUCGUUCAAGGUAUGCGAGGGCCCUCCGGAAAUGAUUGCACCACUGGAACAGUGCACGACCUGGCUGCAAGCCUACUUCUGCGAGCCCUGGCUGACAGAGCAGCUCCCUGUCCCGCCAUUCCACCAUCCACUCUUCAACAAAGACUCUUUUAAAAAGAUUAAAGACUGGUGUUGUGUGCAGCAGGACAG